AUGACACUGGAUCAGAGUUCCAUGCCAAACUUUAAUUCAUCUUGGGUCAAUUACAAAGGAGCCUGGUUCACCACUUUAUUUGUGGUCGUCGCGUUGAAAGCAUUAUUCACUGUCAUUCCCUUCAUCAGUCCCGAAGCAAGUUGGACAUUGACCAAUCUGACGUUUAACUGCGGCCAUUAUAUUAUGUUUCAUUGGGUUCAGGGUAUUCCGUUCGAGAACAAUCAAGGCGCUUAUGAUGGAUUGACUUUAUGGGAACAAAUCGAUGGUGGAGUCCAAUUCACAGCAACUCGCAAGUUCUUGACUGCGGUGCCGAUCGCUUUGUUCCUUUUGAGCACUCACUACACGCAUUACGACUUUUUCUUAUUCGGUAUCAAUUUUACUGCUUUGUUGGUGGUGCUGGUGGCCAAACUGCCCAUUAUGCAUCGAGUGCGAGUGUUCGGCAUCGGCAAAGUCCCUUACGAAAUAGAUUAA